AGCGUCGUCCGCGAGAAGGGCGGACGGCGCGUGACGUCGCCGACCGCGCGCCUCCCUUCCACCUCCGCGUCGCGCGCCGAUGGCGUCAAGGCCCCGGGCGGGAAAAACAAAACGGCCGCCGCCGCCGCCGCCUCGGCCGCCGCCGCCAUGGAGGACGCGGAGUCUCGCUUCCAGCACUUCCUGCAGCCCAUCCGCGACCUGACCAAGAACUGGGAGGUGGACGUGGCCUCGCAGCUGGGGGAGUACCUGGAGGAGCUGGACCAGAUCUGCAUCUCCUUCGACGGCGGCAAGACCACCAUGAACUUCAUCGAGGCGGCGCUGCUCAUCCAGGGAUCCGCCUGCAUCUACAGCAAGAAGGUGGAGUAUCUUUACACACUGGUCUACCAAGCCCUUGAUUUUAUCUCCAGUAAGAAGCGGGAGAAACAGCCCACGUCAGUCGGAGCGGAUGGGACCGAUGGGGAUGUCAGUGCCGGACCAGGAGCCGCAGCGGAGGAAGAAGAGUUCCUCUCCUUGGACGACAUCCAGCAGGCCAGCAGAGCCAACAUGGAGCUGAGAGACGACCAACAGCACAACACGGUUCCCAUCGUGCCCUUGACCCCCAUGGCCCUGGUUCCCCCCGAAGAGUCGGAAAAGAAGGACAACCCGCUCUUUAGCCAGAAGGGAGAGCUGCUGGCCAGCAGGAAGGACUUCCGGAUGAAUACCUGCACCCCCCACCACAACGGGCUCUUCGUCCUGGAACUGGCAGGCCUCUCGCCCACUCAGUGCCAGGAGGGCAGGGAUGGUAGAUGGGGCCACGCCCCCCCCAACGGUGUUCGGAGCCUGGCUCCCACAGCUGGCUCCAUGCCCAUGGAGGUCAGCGGGUGCGAGACCCCCGUUCUCGCUCUGGACUUCUCUGGAGAAGGAACAGGUGCAGCCGACCCCCCGGAUGACCAUGGAGAUGGUGGUGGGGACGUCCUGCCAGACAUCCCAGAGGAGGGUCAGGAGGUCACCCAGGCCGGAGCGGAGGAACACAUCGCGCAUCAGACGAGCGCCCCCCGGAGCAAAGGGUAUGCGUUGCGGGAGAGACCCCCUGCCCUGGAUGCCAAUCCUCACCUCAAGGACACGUGGGACCCCUGGCGCAGCCUCGACCCCUUCAGCUCCUCCGAAGACAAACCCUUCAAGAAAGGAAGACCCUUCACUGUGCCCCGCGGCCUGGAAGAUUGGUCUCGCGCCAAACGCAAGAGACGUCCCUCCGGCAAGCUGGAAGAUUUCGUCUUGUGGUUUUCGUCCUCCGAGCUCAACCAAGGGGGGAACAGCCAAAGGAGCCGCAGGAAAGGCCCCACCUUCCCUGACCUGGAGGUCCUUUAUUGGAGGAACAUGAAGGAGCGCCUGGCGGCCCAGAGGAGGCUACAGAAGAGGAUGGGCCUGCAUCUGGAGGCGCAGUUGGGGGAGCUUGGCGCUCAUGAGAUGGACCGGGAGGAGGACUUGGACGCUGCGGCUGCUGCCGACGAUGGGCCAGAGGACUUUGUGGCGGAUGAGGAGAUCCCCCCACUGGAAGCCUCCGAAGGGAUGCCAGGUGGCGUGGCAGAUCCUGGUGGAAUCCCCUCUUCCCUGAGCUACGAGGAGCUGGUCAACAGGAACGUGGAGCUCUUCAUGGCCCACUCCCAGAAGUACGCCCGGGAGACGGUGCUGUCCCGGAGGGUCCGCGACUGGGAGGAGAUGAUGGGCCCGCAGCUGGAGGAACAGGAAGCCCGCACCGCCUUCGACAUUCACAAGUACGGAGACCAGCUGGUGUCCCGGUUCAGCCGCGUGGGCGAGUGGCAUUCCUUUGCCAGCCUGAUGGCAGGGCAGCCGGCCUUUGAGGUCUGCCGGGCCAUGUUGGCCUCCCUGCAGCUGGCCAACGACUACACGGUGGAAAUCUCGCAAGGGCCAGGCCUGGAAGAAGCCGUUGACACCAUGGCGCUGCGGCUCUUGACCCAGGAAAAGGCCCACCAGCGCUUCCACACAUACACGGCCCCCUCGCUCAGCAAGCAGUGACGCCUCUCCUCUCCGCCUGUAUCUGUGUACAUAUGUACAUAUAUAUAUUUAUAUAUAUUUGCAUGUAUGUAAAUGUUAUGAAACCUGUAUAGCUUCUCCUGCCCCCCCCCCCCCGAAAAAAAUAUGUUAGCAGUGGGUUCUGCUUUCCCCCCCAAUAAAAGGUGACUUGUAGAGA